CCCAGUACCCGCGGCAGCUUGGGGUUGCCCAGUUUUUACGGAAACAGCAUUGCUCACGCGGAGCGGGGACCACCCCCAGUUUUCCUGAGUCCCAGUGAGACGCACGGUGACGCAGUUCCUGGGCGCGCCAAUCCCGGGCUGACUGGGAGGGCGGGCUCUUCAAAUUUGAAUUCGCAAGCUGUUUAGGUGUUAGGGAACCUCACCGAGAAAGUGAGCGUCACCUGGGGCUAAACCGCUGCGAGCUGGGGCCGACUUGGGCCAGAGGCGCGAGUCUUCGGGCACCCAGGUCCCCCUCUCCCCAGCACGAAGCCGAGCCCAGACUGCAGCCGUCUUGCCAUGCCAGGACCUUCGCCCAAGGUUCUUCUGGCCCCCUGCUGAAGGUCUAUCCUGAAAAUUGUGUUUAAGUGAAUAUUCUGUUAGAGGAAAUUUGUUGCUACUGUUUAUCAAGAUGAUUGCAACACCUUUGAAACAUCCAGGAAUUCACUUGUCUUCAGAGACAUCUUCUCAGAGGAGAAAUAUGCCCAUGCAUGCAGUCUUUUUUGACAGCAUUCCUUCAGGCACACUUACUCCAGUAAAAGAUUUGGUGAAAUAUCAGAAGUCCUCUUUAAAAGGGAAUGACCAUAAAAAGAGUCAGUUCCUAGAAAUAACAGUUUUUAAUAAUAAAAAUAUAUUUCAAUCUACCAUGCUAGCAGAGGCUACCACCUCUAACAGUUCUCUUGAUAUCAGUGCUAUAAAGCCCAACAAGGAUGGAUUAAAAAAUAAAGCAAUCUAUGAAUCACCAGGGAAAAUAUUUCAAAGAAUGAAAGAAAAAGUACUACGUAACAAGCAAGAACAAGCAUCAAGAAACAGUUUGUUGGAACCACCAAAAAAUGAAAGUAAUAAAAAUUUCACUCCUAACGGAGCUGAGGAAGGAGUAUUACAGCAUACCUACCUCUGUGAAGAAAAGGAAAACAACAAAUCAUUCCAGCCAGAAGACAGUUCACUAAGAGCCUCAGUCCAAGAAGUUCCUUCAGAAUCAUCAAAUAAUAUUUUCCUGUCAGUCAAGCAAAAGAUUCAAUAUCAGCAGGAAAAGAAGGCACCUCUGUGCAAUUUAACUUACGAGCUUCCAAUUCUGAACCAAGAACAUGAAAAUGAUUCAGCUGCAGGAGUCUCAAACAAGGCAUUAACUAGAGCUCAGUUGGCUAGACAAGUUCUUCGCUCAAAGGAGAAUACAGUUGCAACCACUAAGUCCAAAAAGGACACAUUUGUUUUAGAAGGCACUGAUUCUACCUGUGAAAAAUCCCAAAAUACCACCAUUGAGACUCUCUGUGUUUCUUUUAAAAACGGCAGUCAAUUAAUGGUUUCUGAUGAUAGUAAGAUUACAACAGAAGGCACUUCAAAACAGGAAAUUAAGGAAGGAAAUGAGAAAACAAUGCCCAGAGAGACUGAUCUUCCAGGUUCCAUGAAUGAUACAUGUAAAAUUGUGCUUGCAACUCCAAGGUUUCAUACAGGAAUACCUCAGAGAUCAAAAAGCAAUGCCUGGAAGCUUUCUGCAAGUACAUGCCAAACUAUUACUAAUGGAGUUAAAAAAAAUAAGGUAGUCCAGCUACAGGAAUGGAUGAUUAAAGUCAUCAAUGAUAACACUGCUAUAUGUGUAGAAGGAAAAUUGAUAGACAUCACUAACAUAUAUUGGCACAGUAAUGCAAUUAUAGAACGGAUUAAGCACAACAAACUUAGGACUUUAUCAGGCAACAUUUAUAUAUUAAAAGGAAUGAUAGACCAGAUUUCCAUGAAAGAAGCAGGUUACCCAAAUUAUCUCAUAAGGAAAUUUAUGUUUGGAUUUCCAGAAAAAUGGAAAGAGUACAUUGAUAAUUUUUUAGAACAGUUAAGGUCUUGUGAAAAGAAAGAAGGAAAGGCCAGACGAAAACAGAAAACUGAAAGAGUUGUUCCUGACAUUCAAAAAUCAAUGAAAAAUGGUGCAGGGGAAAAAAAAACAGAUGUCCUCCUAAGAGCCACUGCCACUUAUGACGUUGAUCGUGAUCAUUUGGAGAGAACUGAAGAAUCCAAAGUAUCCGUUGAUAUUCUAACAUCAAGGGAACAGUUUUUCUCAGAUGAAGAAAGAAAAUAUAUGGCUGUUAAUCAGAAGAAACCUUAUAUUUUAGUAACACCACUCAAAUCUAAAAAAAUUAUAGAGCAAAAAUGCAUGAAUUAUAAUCUGUCCCUUGGCACCAUUAAAGCAGUAACAGAUUUUGCAGUGCAAAAGCAUGAAAAAGAAAGUAAAUCAAACUUAAGUGAACCUACAAGUCCAAUCAGCAAGCCCGCAAAGACUUUAGAAAGUACAUUUGAGUAUAGUGUGGGUCAUAAAAGUAAAAACAAGGAAGAUUGUAGUGAAUGUGAUUUACUCACUGUCAACCAGAAAAUAAAAAUACCUAGUCCUAAAAAGGAACAAACAGUCACCUCUGACUUUAAGAAAAAUACAAGGUUAUCAAAAUUGAAGAAAACUGAAAAUCAAGUAACUGUGUCAUUUUACAAGCAUCAGUCCUCAUCAGAUUUGUCUGAUGAAGAGAGUGAAAAAGGAAAGGAAUUUAGAAGGAAAGCUGGGGUUGUUAAGAAAACCAGAGCAAGAAAUACCAAAGAAAUAGUGGUUCACUUGAGAAAAAGCACAAGAAAAACAAGGACAAUCCCAGUGAUGUCUGAAUCUGAAACUGAAGAGAGUGAAAAUGAACUUCAUAUGAAACAAAAGAAAGCUAGAUGUUCUGCUAAAGAAAAUCUUCAGAAAUCUGAUACUAGCAAUGAGCUUCCAGUUAUUGAGACAAUGGGAUCUGGCAAGACGAACAGGUAUUCCUUAGCAUGUCUACCUGGCUUAAUUCAGGAUGAGGAAUGGAAUAAGAAAGAAUUACAGAAACUUCAUUGUGCUUUUGCAUCUCUUCCAAAGCACAAACCUGGUUUCUGGUCAGAGGUGGCUAUGGCUGUAGGUUCUCGAUCUGCUGAUGAAUGCCAGAGGAAAUACAUGGAAGAUCCCCGAGGAAAAAGAUCUCAGAAACAUGUCACAAAGAAAAAGCCAGUCGACCCCAAAGACAAGAUCAGUGAUUCUGAUAAGAAGCAAACUAUUAAGAUAACUGCCAAAGUGGGAACUCUUAAAAGGAAGCAGCAGAUGAGGGAUUUUCUGGAACAGUUGCCAAAAGAUGACCAUGAUGAUUUUUUCAGUACACCUUUGCAGCAUCAUAGAGUACUGUUACCAAGUUUCCGGGACAGUCAAGAAGAGGAUGAUAUUCUGCCAAAUAUGGACAGAAAUCCAACAACUCCAUCAUCGGUUAUCUUUCCACUGGCAAAAACUCCUCAGUGUCAGCAUGUCAGUCCUGGCAUGCUAGCCUCCAUAAAUAGGGCUGACUGUGAUAAAUAUGUUUUUCAUAUGCAAAAAACCCAUAAAAGUAAAGGUGGCACUGUCUGGGGCAAUAUCAAGAAAAAAACAAUUGAAAGUGAUUUUUCAACUCCACCAUCAAGAAGAAAAACCCCAUUUAACAAAGAAUUAGCAGAAAACUCUGGUAUUGGAAAACUGUUCACUAAUGCUAUGGAGUCUUUAGAGGAAGAAGAGAAAGAUUCUUACUUUUCGAACUCUGAUUCUGCAUAGUAAAAAUGAGAAUAUUUCCAGGAUGUUUAUCAAGAAGCAAUAUUUCCAGGAUGUUUAUUUGUAUCUUCAUUUGAAGGAUGUAUUUUUUUUUAUAAUGUAGCUUCAUAUGAAAUUGCAGACUCUUUUUCAAAGGUUUCAUGUGUUAUAUAUAGAUGUCUCUCAUAAGCAUCUUAGUCUCUUUACUUUAAGAAAAUCAUGUUCCCUACAGAUGUUUUUUAGAAGCAUUCAAAAAAAUGUUGCUAUCCUUAAGGGGAGAGGUGGGGGAGAAUUAAAAAAUAGAUUGUAUUGGUAGCUACUGAGUUCAUGAAAACUUUAGGUUACCAGUUGUCACCACUUGGUAUAAAAGCCAGAGUUGAUCUAAUGUUUCAGUUAUCAGUACAUGUUGUUUAAACCAUUUGACAAGCUUUCUCCUGAUUGUUUUUCUUAAAACUUGUGAUUGGCACAUCCAUGAAACCUAUGUAAAUUUAAUUUAUUGCUUUUUCAGUAUUUUUAUUAGGUAGAAUAAGAGAACAGAUUUUGUUGUAUUCUUAAGCAGACAUGGCGUAAAUUUGGUCUCAAUAUUUAAAAGACUGGAUUAGACAAACAUUCAGGUUAUAGCUCUUCUAUUGUAAGGAGUCAAGUUACUAUGUCAUGUCAUAGUAAACACUGUUUUCCUUUCAGACAGCUUCUUUAGAAAUAAACUUCUUUUAGCAUAUUAUGCCAUUAUGCUUUAAAAUUUGACAUAGAAUUUUUUUCCCUCUGGUUAUAGUACAUAUUUACCCACUUUCUCUCCAGGUAGGUUGUUCAAAUAAAGUAAAUUUGCUUUUAUAGUAUUCAUGUUUUAGUUGGUUUUUCUAAUUACUGGAUCAUAGAAAAAAUGCAUUUUGUUUGUUAAUGGUUCAGUUCAUUUCCUUGAAAAAUACCAGAACUGUUAGAAAAAGUACAUUUUCUUGUUUCUUAAGAAUUUAGUCAGUAAUAAUCAGCAGCUAAAGAACUAUAGGAUUUGUAGAAACACAAAAUUUAAGAAGAAUAGUGCAAGCAAACAGAUCACUCUCCUUUAAACUACCAUGAUAGUUUCUGCCACAGAUUUUUGAUAGAUGAAGGAUGAAACAAAUGAAAAGGUUAUUUUAGAGUAGCUCUAAAAAAUUCUGUUGUAGAACUCUAAGUUGCCAAUAUUUGGUGUAAUACCAUGCUGCUUGAUGUUAGUGGAUAGUGUUUUAAGAAUUAGAAGGUAUUCACAACAUUGUAAAUCAACUAUACU